CCCAAUUUAGGGCGGAUCAAAUUGAUAUGUCGCCACCAAACAAGACCAAACAACACAGUUGCCAAAGAAUUCAAACUCUUACACUGACAACCACUCAGAAAUGGCAAACACAGGGCUUGGUGUGCCAGUCAAGCUACUUCACGAGUCCUUAGGACACAUCGUUACCGUGGAACUCAAGACAGGCCAACUUUAUCGUGGAAAACUCGCUGAAGCCGAAGAUAACUUGAACAUCUCACUCAGAGAUAUUACAGUGACAGGACGAGAUGGCCGCGUAUCACAACUAGAUCAGGUUUAUAUUAGGGGAAGUAUGGUCAGAUUCUUCAUUGUGCCGGAUAUGCUGCAGAAUGCCCCCAUGUUCAAGAGAGUUGGUCCAAACGCCAUGCGCGGAAGAGGUAUCGGUACUGCGCGUGGUCGCGCGACUAUUAUGAGAGCGAACGCUCGUCGGGGACGUGGCGUCCCUGCCCCAAGAGGCAUCAGGAGGUGAUGUGAUGACGUUCCUGCGACUGCGGUAAAAAUGUACAUAUUUCAUAAUUCUGUAACUUGUGCAACAUCCAACUGUUUUUUGACUGCAAGGGUUCCUUCGCGCAACUUUUUUUUUGCAAGCUAGGGGCUUGUACCAAUGCAUCUUGAAAUCCACAUUCGUCUGGAAGAGCUUAUUACUUGCGUUGACGCUUUAGGUUUUCUUGAGCACGGAAGUGAGCUCACUCGUUUCCACAAAAUAGGUGGAGAAUUUUCAAAAAUGCUCGUUCACGACUUUUGAUGUUCGACUUGAAGAUAGUCCCAGGUGAAAUGAAUAUCUUGACCAUUCAAUGCAGGGCCUGGAAAGUCAUGUAUUCUUCAUUAGUUUCCAUCGAUCAG